GUCCACGGCCACUCCGUCUCCACUACCAUCCCGAGAGGUCAGCCUAUCAGCGACAAUAUGUAUGUCCAGAUUGAAGAGCCCUGGACGGAAGGUACCAGCAACAAGAGAAUCCAGAAGCUGCAAACGUAUACCGAUUUAUCUCCCAGCGAAUCCGAACUCGUCAGUCAGUACCAGUCCAGGGUGAACGAUCAGCUGCCGCUGUGCCCUACGGACGGUAACCCUGACUGCCGUAACUGCAGCCCGGGAAGACCCGGCGAUAACCUGGUCAUGACCCAGUGCUGCUUUGCCCACCACUGGGCCUGGAAGGAAGGACGCAAUCUGCGUGAUGUCAUCCCGUAUCAUUUCCAUUUGGAGCCACGGACCGACAUGACGAUCGAGCCAGACAACCUGGAAUCCGACACACCCGGUGGCACAUGGGAGAAGGAUCCGUGCACGGGUGAGCCAGCCACGUCCGUUCCCAAUGGUCCUUACAUUCCCUGGAGCAAACGAAAGUGA